UUCCCCCACAUUUCGUCGAUCGGGCACAGUGCUGACAGCAACGGAUCUAUGGGUAUGUCAUUUUCUCCACAAGAGAUUAUUCGUGUUUGUCAGACGUUUGAAGAAACCGGAGAUAUUGAACAUUUGAGCCGUUUUCUCUGGUCCCUACCACUUCAUGCUGGUCUCUGGGAAGUGUUGAAUCGGAGUGAGGUAAUUCUGCGCGCACGUGCGUUGGUAGCCUUUCACACAGGCAAUUUCCGUGAAUUGUACGCCAUAUUGGAACGACACACAUUUCCCAAAUCUUCACAUGUCAAGUUACAAGCGCUGUGGUUAGAAGCACAUUAUCAGGAAGCGGAAAAGCUUAGAGGUCGGCCGUUGGGUCCAGUGGAUAAGUAUCGCGUACGCAAGAAGUUUCCCAUGCCACGAACAAUCUGGGAUGGAGAACAGAAAACGCACUGUUUCAAGGAACGUACACGUGGUCUGCUACGGGAAUGGUAUUUGCAAGACCCGUAUCCGAGCCCGGCUAAAAAGCGGGAACUGGCAAGUGCUACUGGACUUACACCAACGCAAGUUGGUAACUGGUUUAAAAAUCGAAGGCAACGAGACCGAGCAGCUGCAGAGUGGCUAACCUUACCCUUUUAUAACUUUUACCAGCAUUUACAAAUUAAAUUUUGUUAA